AUGCGAAGCACCUGCGUCCCGCCUGCACCACCAACUGCGACGAAGGCCGUAACGCCGCACUGCCGCAACGCUGUCCCACGCACCCACGCACUUCCCUCUCCCACUUCCAGUCUCUCACUUCAUUCCCUCCCCCCGGGCCUUUGCGCUUGUUCAGAACCAAAACGAGAUAUUUUACCCCCCCAGAAGAAGGGCAGACUCAGUGUCAUUCUUAACCUUAGUCACGCAAUCCCCGUCCGGAACACAGAAACUCCAAAACACACCCCUCAGCAACCAGAAACGUCCUUUUUACCGUCAUCCCAAGAAAAACCUCCAAGCUCACUGUUCAAUUACUUUGGCCAACGUCAACUUUUCAACAAAAGGCAAAAACAGAUCCCGUCAUUCUCCGUCCCCCGUCCCCUUCCGCCCGCUGCUGCCUUUGGCCCAGGCACCGACCGAACCGAUAGCCACAUUCCGAGACACCGAACCCCUCAAGGAACAUUACGGAGCCCUCGCCGACCUUCCCUUAGCUCCUCCCCGCCCUAUCCAUAG